AUGAUUAAAUUUUUAAGGUUCACCCCAAGAUUCAAUUACUUACCAAAAUUUUAUGCUGGAUAAAUGAGUCCUAUUGCACCAAGUCCUUAAAUUUAAUAAAAAAUGGAAGCCUUAGAAUAAAAUCAACCAUUCUUUGAUCGAUUGAUAUUUUUUGAUCCUGAUAUAAUGGCAUCAUUACCAGGUCCAUUAUAAGUAUUUGAUCCUGUUGUUGAUUUUGGAAGUGGAAUACUAACUUAUUUGCAUGAUUGUCAUAUACCUUGGGUAGGUGUUUUAAGCAUUACUUGUAUAAUUGCUAGAUCUACAUUACUCCCUUUAAUAUAUUUAUAAAUGAAAAGAACAACUAGAUUAGCUACUGUCAUACCUGCUAUUGCUUAAAUGAAAAGACUCAUUGAUAAAACUAAUUAUUCUAAACCCAAAAAAUUAUUCACUCUUGCUAGACUUUCAUAUAAAAUUGUUCACUCUUAAAGAUUAAAAUGGAUGAGACUCUUUCUAUAUAAUGUUUUUCAUGUACCUAUGCUUAUUACCUUAAUUUGGAGUAUUCGUAGACUCUUAAUUGAUGAAUCAUUCAAAAAUACUGCCUUCUUAUGGAUACCUGUAUUUUAUUUAUUAUCUUAUUCUUAUAGUCAUUAUCUAACAUGGAUCCUUACUUUAUUGUACCAACUUUAACUGUCCUUUGUUAUUAUUACAAUCUGUAGAGAUUUAUUACUCCAGAAAAUAAAGAUACUCUCCCUUCCAAAUUACGUAAUGUUGGUUAAUUUUUAUUAAUACUUUGGUUGCCUUUUUUAGCUAAUUGGCCAUGUGCAAUAUAAAUUUAUAUGAUGUUCAAUGCCUUCUUUUCUAUUUUAUAAACAUCCAUUAUGUUACAUCCUGAAUUUUAGAAGUUGGUAGAUCCUAAGAUCUUUCUUUAUUAAAUGAUUAUUAGAAUGAUUGAAUAUGAUAAAAAUACUAGUUUAUCUUUAAUAGAGGCUAUUAAAAGUGGAGAAGAAACUAAUAUUGAAAAAGCUAUUUCUGAAGAAUAAUUACUUGAUUAAUUUAAUAAAUCAUUAAUUGAAUUAAAUGAAGGUGAAUUGUAAGAGGAUGCUGCCAAAAUUUCAAAAGAUAAACCUAAUUUUUAUUGA